CACACCCACCUCCCCCACCGCCUAUUUCCCCGCACUUCCGGGCUGUGGCAAGCUCUGGCCCCCCAAACCCCGCACUUCCACUCCGCCUCGCCAAACUUUCCCCUCGGCCUCCGCCCGCACUUCCACCACCGCGUCCACCUCGCAGAUGCCCCAGUAGGCUCCAAAAAUCCAAAGCCAUCCCUCCCCAACCCUCCCAUCGACCCCCCACGGCGGCAUGACGACCCGAUCCAACGGCGAUGGCCACGGCCACGGCGGCGCGGGGUCCUGGUACCCGCAGCGCCGCCCGCACUACGGGUACGGCGGCGGGUCCGCCUCCUUCCGCGGCUGCUGCUGCUGCCUCUUCCUGCUGCUCACCUUCCUGGCGCUCCUCGCCCUGGCCGUCGCGCUCGUCGUCGUGCUCGUGGUGAAGCCCCGCAAGCCGCAGUUCGACCUCAACCAGGUGUCCGUGCAGUACCUCCUCGUGGCCUCGCCCACGUCCCCCGCGGCGUCGUCCCCGGCCGGCGUGCCCCCCGCCGCCCCGGGCGCCGCCUACCUCUCCCUCAACAUCACGCUGCUCUUCACCGCCGAGAACCCCAACAAGGUGGGCAUCCGGUACGGCGCCACCGCGUUCGACGUCAUGUACCACGGGGUGCCGCUCGGGGUGGCGGCGGUGCCCGGGUUCGAGCAGCCCGCGCACAGCACCCGCCUGCUCCAGACCCGCGUCAUUGUCGACCGCUUCAACGUGCUCCAGACCGACGCGCAGGAUCUCAUCCGCGACGCCGCGAUCAACGACCGCGUCGAGCUCCGCAUCACCGGCGACGUCGGUGCGAAGAUCCUCGUGCUCGGCUUCUCCUCGCCAAAAGUGCAGGUGUCGGUGGAUUGCGCGAUCGCCAUCAGCCCGAGGAGCCAGUCGCUGAAAUACAAGCAGUGCGGCGUUGACGGGCUAAGCGUGUAGGAACCAAGCCGCCGCCGCCGCAGAAGCUGUAAUCCAGUGGAGACGGUUAAAUUAAGUGGGUGGAUCUGUACGUCGAUUCUAAUUUCCCUACUCUGUGGGGUUUGGUUUCGUUCAUGUGCUUAGGUGGUAAAUUUUGAGCUCUUACUUUAGAGGAGGCUGCUGAUUUUGUGAAUUAUUGCUGCUUGCAAUCAGUAGUUAUCAGUAUGACCAUGGUUAUGCCUACAUUCAUCGGUCGCCAUGAGCAA